AUGUCUUGUUGCACAAAGUGUGGAGUGACUAAAUAUCGUGCAUUUACUUUAAUUCUGCUUGGAGUGGCUAUAGCUAUCCAGUCCGUGUCGGUUGCACUUCCGGUGUGGAGUGAGAUAAACACAAACUACUUUACAUACACCAUCAGGGCGUAUCAAAACCUGUGGACAGUUAAUAUCCUUGAGGAUGGGCAAGCUGGAGCCUUCCCAAAAGAAAAGUCGAAGAUGAAUGUCGGUUGGAAGAAAGACCUACAGAAUGUAGAGGUUACUUGUAUUGUAGCAGGGUUGCUCGGUUUAUUCUUGCUUUUGCUGUCGUCGAUUACUCGCAAGAUGGCCCUGUUAGCAGGAAUCUGUCGACUUUUUGGAAUUUGUUUUAGUCUCUUAGCAGCUAUAGAGGUACUGGUGGGUUCCCUUCUGUAUGAAUAUCAACACAGAGAAAUUUUCUCUAUCAAUGCGAAAGAUCCAAAAAACUACUACCCCACAGACAAACUGGAGCUAUCAUCCGGGUUCUUCAUCUCCACCACUGCUGGUGCUUUGUACGCACUAGUGGUGACUGUCGAAAUUGUGGUCUUAGCAGCAAAUAAUGUGAAGUCAGAAAAGGAAAAGAAUAUGGUGACAUCAUUUUCAUAGAGCUUUGCAUUGUGUGCAUGUCCUAUUUAUGGUGAUUUACAAAUCAUAUAAAGAUUCUGAAGAUUCUGUAAUCUAAGAAUAAAACCCAAAGGGCUAUAUAUACAACAUUGUUAUUAAAUGUACCCCCGGCAAAAAUCUCCUUAAAUAAGGUCUAUUAUAACGAAAGUUCGUAAAAAGAUUAAACAAUCAAUGUAUGUUUUGUAAGACAUAAAAUUUUGUAUUUUCUGAAUUAUACAAAUAUUUAACUUGUGUCAGUUGUUCUAACAAUGAAACACAAUACAUAGGAUCUCGUAUGUUGUUCAAUAGGACAUUGAGAGAUGCAAUUGACCUUUGGCUCGGGCUUUUAGUACAUGACAUUCUGAUUACAUGAGAGACUACUUAUAUUUAAAUAGUUCUGAUAUCACUAUAAGCGACGAUGUUGGAAGACAUGAAAACUUCUCUAUUUAGAACAUCAAGAACAGUUAGAAAUGGCCAAAGAUUGACAAAACAUUCAUGUUUGAAAUUUCUUUUGUUCAAAUCUAUAAACAUUAAUAGAUGUCUAGCCCUUCAAAACAAUCACAAGACAAUUUUAAUUAAAUCUUUAUCCAAUAUUUUGACAUGUUCCGUUUUCAUCAAAUUGAAAUAUUGAAAAAAAGAGGAACAAGCUAGUGUCUCUAAUUUUACAUGAAAUGAAUUUGUUUGCGUUGCAUAAAUCUAAUCGAAAUUGCCACUCCAUCCGAAAAUGGUAUCCUCUCAAAUUACCCCCUGAGUAACUUAAGUUGAUCGAAUGAAAAACAAUUGCUUUACUGUCUUGUUUGUUGUACAUUUGAAAGCUGAACCAAUUCCAAAUCCGUCAAGUU